AUGAGCCAAAAUGGUCAGUGGCCUAACCCACAGCUCGGUAUAUGUCAGAAGUGCCAUCCCUUAUGCCUAUCAUGUUUUGGACCCAUGAGUGACAACUGUCUGUCCUGUGAGAUAAACAAACUUUUCUACGGCUAUACCUGUGUUAGCGAGUGUCCCGACACUUACUACAGGGACGGUGUGCUAAAUGAAUGCCUUCCCUGUGCGGCCAACUGUCUCACAUGUCUGUCCACUCCAACCCACUGUACAUCAUGUCAAUCACAACUUGUCCUAAACGACAGACACAUAUGUAUUGAUAAAAACCUAAAUUAUAGGAAUGGAUGUAACAAAUCGUGUGCUACCUGUGCCACCAGUGGUAAUGAAAAUCAAUGCGAUACUUGUCAUAAGGAUGAUAAGCUAUGGAACGGUACGUGCAUUAGUGGUCAGUGUCCGGACGUACACUUUGAACGUAUUACUAAUACGGGAAUAGUAUGUGACAGUUGUCAUAAGAGUUGCAAUGCAUGUGUGGGUCCGUUACAUACGGAUUGUACGCACUGUUACCCAAACUCGACCCUAACCUCCGAUGGCUUGUGUGUCAGUAUCUGUACGUACGGCCAGUAUUACGACAACAAAGUGGACGCCUGUAUGUCGUGUCACGAGACCUGUUCCCAGUGUUGGGGUCCAGGAGUUGAUGAGUGCCACGAAUGCAAGAGUGGGUUUCAUAUUGAAAACUACCGGUGCUUGAGAUGCUGUCCCACAAGUCCGUGCGAUGGAUCACUACUUGAUAGACAACCCAUUGAAUAUAUACAGAUCACUAACAGCAUCGGUAUGUCUGUAGUUGACAAGAAUGGAUGUAACAAAUCGUGUGCUACCUGUGCCACCAGUGGUAAUGAAAAUCAAUGCGAUACUUGUCAUAAGGAUGAUAAGCUAUGGAACGGUACGUGCAUUAGUGGUCAGUGUCCGGACGUACACUUUGAACGUAUUACUAAUACGGGAAUAGUAUGUGACAGUUGUCAUAAGAGUUGCAAUGCAUGUGUGGGUCCGUUACAUACGGAUUGUACGCACUGUUACCCAAACUCGACCCUAACCUCCGAUGGCUUGUGUGUCAGUAUCUGUACGUACGGCCAGUAUUACGACAACAAAGUGGACGCCUGUAUGUCGUGUCACGAGACCUGUUCCCAAUGUUGGGGUCCAGGAGUUGAUGAGUGCCACGAAUGCAAGAGUGGGUUUCAUGACUUCCAGAGGAAUAUGACAAUUGCUGUCAUUGUUUAUCACCAGAAGGUCCGUGCGAUGGAUCACUACUUGAUAGAC